CUGUCCAAGGUAGAACCUCUUCAGUGGAAACACAGCAACCCUAACUCUGAGUUCAAACACACAGGGAGGAAACUGGGAACUACAGACCAGUCAGCCUGACAUCAACCCCUGGGAAAAUUCUGGAGCAGAUUAUAAAGCAGUCAAUCUCAGGAAAUAUGCCUCUGUCUCAGGGUAAUAUCCUCCGGCCUUCCUGCAGCAGGAAGCUUUGUAGAAACCUCUUUGGACCAGUCAAUCACGAGGAGCUCCAAAAGGACUUCCAGUCCUUGAUGAGGGCACAGCUGGAGGAGGCUCAGCAAAAAUGGAACUUUGACUUUGAAGCAGAAACCCCACUUGAAGGGAACUACAAAUGGGAAAAGGUCUCCCAUCUAAAUAUGCUGCCUUCUCAAGAUCUCCUGAGCCACACAAAGCAGAACAGCUGUGCUGAUGAAAAGAGCUUGAGCUCCCCAGUGCUUCUCAAGAUGCACACAAAGACAGAGAGACCAACGCAGGAGGGCUUUGAGGCUUGCAAGACUAGCUCCCCAAGGUGUUCCAAACGAAAGCAGACAAGUAUAAAAGACUUCUACAGCUCAAAGCGGAGAACUAUCCCCUACAAGUCAAACCCGUGAUAACUAUGCUGCAAGCAAAAUGCAUCCACGCUGUCUCUGGGCUAAAGGAGCUGACCUGUCUUCACCGCUAUUAGCUGGAAUGGCCGACCUGGAUACAACACCCAGUGAAGCCGUCAGAAGGACUGUUUGAAGGAGCAGCCAAUCAGACCCAUGACUUUUGCUCUGAGCCUCUUAGAUAUUACAUAAAAACUGUGUAGUGGAGUAGUGUAACACUUCAGAAGGAUGUAGAAUUAUUUCCCCUAUUUAUGAUGGCACUGGAGCUUUAUGUGCAAUGGAAUAUAUUGUAAAGCCUUAAAAUAGACUUAAGUUGCUGCGGGAGAGAAAUACCUGAAAGUGUUACCUGUGAGCGGGAGUCAAUGUGAUAGAUACAGGGAAGAUCAGUGCAAGUACUAUUUGUGGCUGAAACCUUUCAUACACCUGCCUCAGGUAAAAGCUUGUUUCUGGUAUGAGUCACUUUGCAGGUGCAAGGCCUGAAGUACCAAUGUGACUAAAGGGAUUAUAUUUUCUGAGGUCUGUGAUCUUAUUGUGUUUUCUUGUUCUGCUGGGUUGAAAUGAGCAUGGUGAGGGGAAGAAAAAGGACUGAAUCUAGUGUAGAAAGCAAAUCCAUUUAUUUUGUAAAGGUGAAGAUAUUGCUGUGGCAUCGCAAAUCAAUACCUGCAUUGUUGCAGGAAGGAUGGGGAUUCCAUUAUUGGACAGUACUGGAUAGUGUGUGAUCCCUGUAGCGUUGACAUAGUCCCUUCCUUGGGCAGGCUAAACUUCAUUCAACUCACCACCCAAAACUGUUCAAGAAUACUGUUGACCAAAUCACAUAAAUAACAGUAGCCUUUUGGGAAAAUGUAGCCCAUGAGAACAAUAAGGCUGAGUUCAGAAAUACUAUCCUCUACUAGUUUUAACCAUGCAGCAUAUUACAGGCCUGUUGCAUAGUUUUGCCAGCAUAACCACUCAUCCUUUCUCAUAUAGACUUUCCAUUGCCUCUGCAGCAUGACGCAGUUGUGACAUCUCUGUCUAGUAUGGAGCACUUGUGGAAGGAUAAAAUAAAGGAUUUAACUCAUAUUUGCUUUCUGUAACCUACCUACCUACAUUUUUGCCAGCUUUCUUUUACAGAUAGUGCCUUUUUAAAUUGGAAAGUAAAUCACUUAAAAUUCAUCUACUUAGUGUGAGACAAUACAACUUGCAGCUUUUCCACUCUGAAUUUGGGGCUGACACUUGAGUUACUAUUGGUAUCUUAUUGUGAAAAGCCCUAACUGCUAAUAUUAGGUACAGUGUUGAACAAUGGAAUCUGAAAUGCAGGUUUUAGAAAUUCAAAACCCACUUCUAUAAUGGCUAUGUGCAAGCCAAAUCUGUAACUUUGGCUUUAUUGUUCUAUCGCUUUGCAAUGGGUUUUUUACCUUCAUCCUCUUGGAAUAGCAUAGGAGGGGCAGUAUUUUACUGCUGAAAUGUUGAACCCUGAUUUAUUUGUGGUGGUGUGAUUUUUAGGGAGCUGCUUCAUUACUGAGGUUGGAGCUAAAUUUUUAGUUAACAAAGGUUGCAUUCCAUUUAACUGCAUCAGCCUUGCAGGUCGGAAAAAUCCCUACAGCCAUGGGAAAGGGUUAAUGAUGGAACAUUAUUGACAUGUACACUUUUACCUUUGACAAGCAACACAGGUGCAUGUUCGUGCUUUGUGUGGCUUCUUCAGCUUUUGGCCUCCAAGUAAAAAUGGGGCAGGGGAAGAUAUCAAGUACCUGGCCUAAUGGGUUGACUGUUCUGCAGGUCUGGGAUGGAGAGAAGGAAGAAAGGUAGCAGCAUAAAUUGGAGCACUAUCAGCCAUAUUAUAUUAGAAUAGUUAGAAACAGCUGAGAACUUGCUCAGAAACCACAGAAGAGCUCUAAACACAGUUGCUUUAACCAUGAAGGAUAAAUUUGCAUUGCUUCCUCAAAGGUAGUUUUGCAGUUACAAUUAGGCUGCAAUACUAACCCCACUUACCUAGGAAUAAGCUCUGUUGAAUUAAAUAGGACUGACUUUUGGGUAGACAUGGCUAGGACAGCAGCCUUAGAUUUGUAAGUCCAUGGUUUUCGCAAUGCAUGUUGGUCCACACCACACAUACAAGUGCAUGGUAGAAUUCCCAUCCUGUCAGAAGCACAGUUUCAAGCACUUCAGCCUAUGGAUUGCUGACUUUUUAUAGGGGUGCUAUGGACAGGCCUGGCCGCUUUGGACCACUACACAUCUACGUUCAGGGUAAUGCUAGGACUCUCAGCACUAAUACAUUUGUUUGUGAAUAUGUGAUGCUGCUGAACUGACUAAGCCUAGAGCUUAAAAUAAAAACCACCUCAUAAUGGA